AUGGCAUCGAGGUCGCACAAAGAAAAACAUGAACAGCUCCGUACGACAGCUGACAUGCUCCACGAAGACGACGACUACCAAAACACAGGACAGCCGCCCACAACAGCCGUCUCCGUCAACGACAGCUUCAACGAUGACGACUGCACCUCGUCAACAGAAACCCUCAUCAAGAAAGACAACUCACAAAUAUCAAACCAUCAAAAGGGACACAACUCCAUCGAGGGCAAUCCGAAAGGUUCCCUUGAGUUACUUCCCUUUAUUCUACUGAACAUUUAUUCGCUGUUUGUCAGCGCGGCCUAUCGUAUUUUCUCCCCGUUGAUUGAGCAGUACAUCUACCAGAGGUACUCUACGGAGCUGCUGGGUAAUGCUAGCGGGCAGACGUCAAGCAACCCAUGCGUCAACGUGACGUCAGGGAACUCCUCCACUGACCCCGUGACCCAAACCAUCCAGGAUAUGACGUCAGAGCUUAUGAUGAACCUGGCCAUGACGUCAUCGUGUCUGGGGAUCCUGGGCUGUCUGCUGAUUGGCGCCAUCUCCUCCCUGGUCAGCAGGAACUUCUUGCUGGCACUGCCCACCUUCUGCUGCAUGGUCAAGAACGCCCUGCUGUCGGUCAUCGUGUUCUGGAACCUUGACCUCAAGCUCUUGUAUGUGGGAUACGCCGUGGAGGGAAUUGGGGGGAAUAUUGUUAUAUAG